AUGUCCUUAAGAAAUCAACAUGAUAAUAAUUUCGUUGGAGUGAAUGGACGAAACUUUCCAAAUAUAAUUGACUUUAAUUUUAUAUUUCAGUCAACGUACACUUUAUUCAUCAUCUGUCUUAGCACAAAUAAAAAAAUAAAAGUUCUAUUAAAUCAAAAAUAUAUUAUUUAUAAUGGUACACUUCAAAUAGCACCAAUAAAACUUGAUCUUGAUCGUACUAAUCCUCGAGUUGGUAUAUCAUCAAUUGAAUAUUCGUGCUCAGGUCAAUAUUUAUCAAGAAUUCAUGAUAUAAUGGCAAAUCUUUUAUUUGUAUUUGAUUUUAAACCAACUGAACGUGAUCAUUUAGCAUUGUGA